CUUCUCGGAAAAUGCUCCGUCUAUAAAUUUCACAAGUCUAUGGUCCAAAGCACGAACUUAUCUAAAGGAGAACUCGUUCAAAAUGGCGACGUACUUGGCAGUUGUCUGUUGUGCAUAAUAGGUUAUCGAGGUGGUGUGCCUAUAAGAUUCGUGUACACGGCGCGUUUUAAUCUCCCGUAUAUCGUGCGCAUUCGGAAGAUAAUGGCCGAAAAUGUCAUCGCAAGCGACGACGAGGUCCUGAAAAACAUUAAAACGCUCCUCUGGGGUUCGACCGUCAAGGAGGACAUUUUUAAGCGAUGGGCGCAAGGCUUUUACUUCAGUGUAGACGAACCUACCGCACUUGUACAGAGAGAAGGGGGGCCUUGUGCCGUGAUAGCCUCGGUUCAAGCAUUUAUCUUGAAACAGUUACUAUUGGAAAGCGAUGUCAUAACUUGGAAGACUAUCCAGACUAAGAAGUGUGAUCAAUUACUUGUAAAAGCUAUGAUUGAAAUUAUAAAUCAAGCUGUCAACGUUCGGGAUCCCAAGUAUUCGAUAGUAUAUGUCAAUGAUUCCAAUGACUUUGUAUCCGGUAAAGAAAGCUCUAAUUCUAAAUUGACAGAGUCUGCAAUAAAUUCAGCCCAAGAUACUAGCGAAGCUGAUCAAAUUAGUGAAACUAAUUUGGUCACGAAACAAGCGCCAUUGGAAUCGGAAGUUUUUCAUUCUCAAUUAAGAAUAUUUAUUACAAGAAGCAUCGACGAUGUAGAGGAUUUCUUCACAGAACGAAUUGGAAUGUUGAAAGAUCAGUAUGGCGUAUUGCUGCUACUUUACACAGUGAUGAGUACAAAAGGUGCUUCGGAAAUAUGUCUUGAAAUGUUGGAGCCCAUAGAACCCAUGAUUGACUCCACCUAUGGAUAUGGAAGCCAAAAUUUAAUAAAUUUAAUGCUCACUGGCCGAGCAGUCAGUCACGUUUGGGAUCACGAUCAGGACAUCAGUGGAUUAAAAUUACGUGGCAUAGAUAAACAGAAUAAAGUGGGAUUCUUGACUCUAUUGGAGCACUUACGUUAUUGCGAAGUGGGAACAUUUCUAAAGUCACCGUCGCAUCCAAUUUGGGUAGUGGGAUCGGACACGCAUUUAACCGUGCUCUUCUCCACAGAGAAGCGAUUAGUGAGUCCGGAAACACCGGCGGAACAGGCGCGAAGAAUUUUUAAACGCUUCGAUCCAGAAGGGAAUAAUUUUAUUGCGGCAAAUCAACUGCAGAAUGUAAUGGCGGAAUUAGGGCUGGUAACUGAUGCAGAAUAUGUCAAUAUCAUAAGAAGGAAACUGGAUAGUGAAAAUCUAGGAAUAAUACUUCUCGCAUUGUUCAUGGAUGAAUUUUUCCCUGAGGAAUCAUGCAUGUGCCCGGACACAUUUGUCUUGUAUCAUUACAAUGGUCUGCAGCGUAGCAAUCCGGAAAAUAGAGUGAAGUAUCAUAUGGGACAAGCGGUAUUGCUCGAGUGCACUGUGAAGUGUAUCAUGGAUAGCAAUCCAAUGCUAACAGUCCUGCAGACAAAGUGGCCAAGGAUUGAGAUACAGUGGGACAUAGGACGGAAUCCUAGUUUAAAUUAGAAUUUAUAAACUGUAAUAUACAUACAUACACCAAACACAAACACAAACACAAUAGGGCCGAACGCAUAGAGUGACUUGACCAAGCGCUUCUAUAGAAUAUCGUUGAGAGAGAGAAUUAUCACUUUAAGAUCGUAGUCUAGUCAAAUCGGCCAUCCUCUGAUUCGUAUUGGUGAAUACUAUAAAGGAUAUUGAUUAUAACACCUGCCAAUAAAAAAUAUUAUUUAUUUCCAUGGAA